UCCGGCCGUCAUUUCGAAUUCUACUCUGUGGCCCUGAUUCCGCGCCAGCCGCCAGCAUGAACCCCGGUUCUGGAACCGCCAGUGCUCGGAAGAACGCCGAAAAGAAGGCUCGAACGUUUGACCUAACCGCAAUUUUCGAGCAAGCGAAACAAACCGCCCGUGAAGUCUGCCGUCAACCGGAGAAAGACCCAGAGGAAGAUCCGCCGGACCCAGGGGAUGUCGUCGCAGCUGGACCUUCGAAGAUUGGUGCUGUGGACGGCGGCGAAGACGACGUUAUCGGCCCCCUACCCCCGUCUCGAGCGACCGAAGACAAAUCAGAUAGCGACUCCGACAAGGAGGACUCGAGCAUGCCCUCGAGUAUGUCCAUUCAAAUGAACAAUGGAGUCAAGCCAAUCUCGGCUCUCGCGAUCGACGCCAACGGGGCGCGAGUUGUGACCGGAGGAUAUGACUACGAAGUAGCCUUUUGGGACUUCGCGGGCAUGGACUCAUCGUUCAGGCCAUUCCGCACUAUGCGUCCGUGUGAGAGCCAUCAAAUAAGAGACCUCGCCUUCAACGCGACCGGGGAACAUAUUCUGGUCGUCUCAGGGAACGCGCAAGCCAAGGUCCUGGAUCGAGACGGGCUCCUAGUUCUCGAGUGCCCUAAAGGUGAUAUGUACAUAACGGAUACGGCGAAGACGAAGGGUCACAUUGCAAUGUUGAACGCCGGCUGCUGGCACCCUCGCGAAAGAACGGAAUUCAUGACGUGUUCCAAUGACGGUUCCGUGCGAUUAUGGGACUCGAGCGCUGGGACAAAGCACAAAGCCAUCAUGAAGCCCAAGCAGCAAGGAGGCCUGCGAGCGAUACCGACAGCUUGCUGCUACAGCCAAGACGGGAACUGGUGCGCGGUCGGAUGUAACGAUGGAUCGAUCCAAAUAUGGGACCAUCGGCGGAAUUUCGUCAACACCGCGCAAGUGACGAGAGACGGUCAUGCCAAAAGCUCGGACAUCUCGAGCUUGAAAUUUUCGUAUCGUGGUCAUCAGAUCCUCAGUCGAGGCCUUGAUGACCGAAUGAUACUCUACGAUGCCAGGAACAUCAAAAAACCGUUGAAGGUGUUCUCAGAUCUCACGAAUAUGUACUCGAUGACCGAUGCCAUUUUCAGUCCGAACGACAAGUUGAUUCUGACAGGGACAUCCCUACGGAAAGGAGACACCGAGGCGGAAAUUAAAGUUUUCAAUGCCGAGACUUUCAAAGAGACGGAAUCGCACGUCGAGAAUGCUUCGGUGAUUCGUUUAGCAUGGCAUACCAAAAUAAAUCAAGUCCUUCUCACGCGGAGUGACGGGGCUACGAAGGUUUUCUACGACGAGACGUCGCGUAACGGUGCCCUCCUAUGCGUGGGCAAAACAAAGAUCAAGAAGAAGCACAUGGAAACAGUGACAUCCACACAGAUCAUAACGCCACAUGUGCUUCCAAUGUAUCGUCCCGACAAGACCCGUCUCAUGCGGAAGCAACAAGAAAUCGACCGCAAAGAUCCGAUAAAGUCUCGGAAACCCGAUAUGCCGGUCACGGGUCCCGGUGCCGGAGGCAAGAUAGCUUCUGGAGGUAACACUCACACCUCAUUUAUCGUUCGGCAGCUCGGAAUGAGAGAGAAAACAGAUGACAAUGAAGAUCCUCGUGAAGCUUUGCUGAAAUACGCUAAAGCGGCCGAAGAAGACCCGUACUGGGUUAGUCCGGCGUAUAAGAAAAACCAGCCAAAGCCUAUUUUCCAAGCUGUCGAAGCAGAAGAGGAACCGCCUUCGAAAAAAUCGAAACCUGUUUGAUUGUGUUAGGUGUACAAUCCAGAGGCUCUUCGUUCCUGUGCCAUGAUGUAAAUUCAAAUGUACAUAGCAUGCGUUCAGACUACACUACAAUGACUGACAAUGAGACGAGGAAUGAAAAGGGCUCAGGCUGCAAA